UUUCUUCUUCCUUCUUCUUCUUCUGAACACCUCUCUCUCUCUCUCUUCUCUCUCUUGGCGGUGUAAACUUCUAAACUCUCUACCUCAAGCUCUCUCCACCGUCUGAUGCUUUGACUUUUUCCCGCUGGUCAAACCUCCAACCAACGAUGGGCCAUUGCUGCAGCAAGAGCACCCCCGUCGUCAACACCGACGAAUCCCCCACCGUCAACGGCGUUUCCACCGCCGGUACACCGUCGGCGACUUCCCAACCGCACUACGCCAACUCCGCCGUCGCUGCCGCCUCCGGCGGCGCCACCCCCUUGCACUCCUUCGCCGCCAGUCCGUUCCAGAGCCCACUCCCCGCCGGAGUAGCUCCCUCGCCGGCGAGAACUCCGGGGAGGAAGUUCAGAUGGCCGCUCCCGCCUCCGUCUCCGGCGAAGCCGAUCAUGUCGGCGAUACUCCGGCGGCGAGGUCCGGCGAGGGAGACGGGAGGACCGGAGCCGAUACCGGAGGAAGGAGGAGCAGCAGUAGGAGGAGGAGGAGAGGGAGAGAGAGGACUUGAUAAGAGCUUUGGGUACCCAAAGAACUUUGGAGCAAAGUAUGAUAUUGGCAAAGAAAUAGGGCGAGGGCAUUUUGGUCAUACUUGUUUUGCUAAAGGGAAAAAAGGAGAGCUUAAAGGUCACUCUGUAGCUGUUAAAAUUAUCUCCAAAGCUAAGAUGACAACGGCAAUAGCGAUUGAAGAUGUUCGCAGGGAAGUGAAAAUAUUAAAAGCCUUAUCUGGGCAUAACAAUCUGGUCAAAUUUCAUGAUGCGUUUGAGGAUGCCAACAACGUGUACAUAGUUAUGGAAUUGUGUGAGGGUGGAGAACUACUGGACAGAAUUCUGGCAAGAGGUGGAAGAUACAUGGAGGAAGAUGCUAAAACAAUUAUUGUCCAAAUUUUAAGUGUGGUUUCCUAUUGUCAUCUUCAAGGUGUUGUGCAUCGUGAUCUAAAGCCAGAGAAUUUUCUUUUUGUCACAAAAGAUGAGGAUACUCCAAUGAAGGUUAUUGAUUUUGGUCUAUCUGAUUUUAUUAGGCCAGAUCAACGGCUCAAUGAUAUUGUUGGUAGUGCGUACUAUGUUGCACCUGAAGUGCUUCAUAGAUCUUACAGUGUUGAAGCAGAUUUAUGGAGCAUUGGUGUCAUAACAUAUAUUUUGUUAUGCGGAAGCAGACCUUUUUGGGCACGUACCGAAUCAGGAAUCUUUCGUUCUGUGCUAAGGGCUGAUCCUAAUUUUGAUGAUUCACCUUGGCCUAUUGUGACACCAGAAGCUAAAGAUUUUGUUAGAAGGCUUCUGAACAAGGACCACAGGAAAAGAAUGACUGCUGCUCAAGCACUAACUCACCCAUGGUUACGAGAUGAAAACCGUGCUGUGCCUUUAGAUAUUUUGAUCUACAAGUUAGUUAAGUCAUAUAUCCGUGCAACACCUUUCAAACGUGCAGCAUUAAAGGCUCUCUCAAAAGCUCUAACAGAAGAUGAGCUGGUGUACCUUAAGGCUCAAUUUAGGCUCUUGGAUCCAAAAAAUGGAUGUGUGUCCCUCGAGAAUUUUAGAGCGGCUCUCAUGAGAAAUACCACUGAUGCCAUGAAGGAGUCGAAGGUUUCUGACAUUUUGAAUUUGAUGGAUCCGCUCUCUUAUAAAAGAAUGGACUUCGAAGAGUUUUGUGCUGCCGCAAUCAGUACCUAUCAGCUUGAGGCUCUUGAAGGAUGGGAGAACAUUGCAAGUUCGGCUUUUGAGUAUUUUGAACAGGAAGGAAACCGGGUCAUUUCAGUUGAGGAACUGGCACAGGAACUGAAUCUGGGUCCUCAAGCUCACCCUUUACUUAAGGAUUGGAUCAGAGACUCAGACAGAAAACUCAGCUUCCUUGGAUUUACCAAAUUCUUACAUGGUGUGACAAUACGUAGUUCUAAUACAAGACACUGAUUGCAUGUAUAAACAAAGAAUUUUCAACAAAACUUUCAUUGAAAUGGUUUCUUGUCACUUAUUUUUUCACCCCCAGUUUAAAGAAAAGAGUGUAAAGAUGAAUGCUUCAACAGGUUGAGAAUGAGCGAUUUUAGCAGGUUCUUUGUAACCUUCUUUUGUAAAAGGAAUGUUCUAAAUUAUCAACUUUGAGUGUCUUGAGGCAGUAAAGAUAAGAUUGUUUAAGAUUUUUUUUUUUUGGGAGAAAGAAGAUUGUUUAAGUUGAUAUACAUAUAUUCAUUCAAGUAUAUGCCCUUUAUGAAUUUUAUGCA